AUUAAUUACCAUCUUCUCAAUUCUUAAGUCAACAUCUUCAUAUUUUGCUUCAAUGAUUCGAAAUAUGGAUGCUCAUGAAUAUCAAGAUUAUGGAGAAGAUUCUGAAGAAUAUUGUAUAGAAGAAACACCGGCAUGGAAUGUUAUACCAAGUGACGAAUCAGACCAAGAAGAGGAGCCACAAGAACACCAACCUUCAAAAAAACGAAAAUUUGCAACCCCACAAAGACGAAGACAACCAAAAAAACUAACACAAACAAAAAAACCAACACUACCAAAAAACCAACACAAGAAAAAUACCCAACAAAACCAAAACCCAAAAACAGAAAAAAUGACUCAAAAGGAGUUAAAGGACCGGAUUAACUCAACCAGACGAGGUGAGGAUAGAGAUAAUUGUACUGCUCCUGUUCGGAAUUACUUCAAGAUAGAAUGGAUAAAGGAGGAAGAUGGAAUUGAAAGAAAGUGGGCCGAAUGUAAUUAUUGUUUAAAAUUACUAGCCGCAUAUCCAAACUGGAAUGGGACAACUUCAAUAAAACAAGCAUUUUAAUGAGUGCAAGUUAAAACC